UCUCCUAAUCCCAAAGCAUUGAUCCACUAACGUCUCAAAGUUUCACCUGAGGGUAACCUAUAAAAAACAAAUGUAAAAUUGCAAGUAAUAUACAUCUUUCGUGAAAAAUUUUAAUAAAACAAAGCUAUAAUUCAUGGCAAAAAUUUGCUUCUUAUAAACCUCAUUCUACGCCUAUGUAUUGUUUACAAAUUGUGAGUUUACUUACUUGUGGAAAGAAAUCCAAGAUUUAGCGGAUUCUGCACACUACAUAAGAAUUAACCAUAGCGUUUUAUUGUAAAAACAGUACAAAACACACUUAAAAAUUGGAAAAAUUACGGUCAGAAAAUGUGACAGUUGUCGACUGUCACAAACAAUAGGAAUCGACCAAUCACAAGCCUUGUCUCUUGUAAACACAUGCAGAGGUUAUGUAUGUUACACACAAACCAAGCCCAAACGAAAUUCUAUAUAUAUAUAUGAGUUCAGUGGUCACAAACAUUAGAAAACAUGGGAGAAUUUCAAAAAUGAUUUUAGUUUUUAGAUAAGAUAUCGACAUCGACAAGUAUACGCCCCCACCUCUUAACCUCAAUUCAUCAAUUUAUUCGUUUAGUUGACAACAAAAUGGUUAAAAAAUACCACGUAGAGGGAUACGACAACUUUUGCAAAUUUAUCGAAAACUUCGACAGGAAGGGCGAGUUGGUACACAUUUAUUUUGGGGGUUCGAAAUUACCAUCGGGGGAGAGUUGGUGCGAUGAUUGUGUCCGAGCCGCUCCUGUGAUUGAACAAGCUUUAGAGAAAACACAGUAUAAAGGACAUUUUAUUUAUGUUGAAGUUGGAGACAGGCCCUUUUGGAAAGACAUGAAUUGUCCCUUUAGGAAAGAUAAGAAGACAAAAUUGAUGGUUUUGCCAACAGUUUUGCGCUGGGAGGAACCCCAAAGACUUGAAGGGGAUCAAUGUGAGAAGCUUGAACUCCUAGAAUUGUUAUUUACUGAUGAAUAACCAAUUUAUUAUAUUUCCAUAACAAUAAAUCAUAUAAUAUCAUUA